GUGCAAUACUUUGCCUCUCACUUCAGCAAGCCAUGCCGUCCAAUACAGGAAAACAUUCCCAUCUCUCCAAAGACCAAUUAAAAAAUGUAUUAAUUUCUCAUAAUGUGCCCCUGCCUCAGGGUGAUCAUAAAAAAGAGGUUUAUUUAAAACUCUACCUAAAGCACAUUCUCCCCAAAGAAAAGGAAUCUGCUGAUUUCUCAAGCGAUGAUGAGACUUUGUCUGAAAGUGAACCUCUGCCUUUGGAAGGCAAAGAAGAAAACGGAGUCAUGGAUGUGAGAAGCAUGAGUAAUACUGAGCUGAAGGAGCAGCUGCUGAUACACGGGGUCAAGCCAGGACCUAUAUUACCUAGCACGCGAAGUGUAUAUGAGAAGAAGUUACAGAAGCUAUUGGAGGUUGUUCCAGUACCGGCCAGUGAGAAUGGAGCAACAAAUGAAGGGCAAUAUUCAGACAGCGAAGAUGAAGGUUGUCAUCUGAAGACUGGGGUGCAAAUGAAGAGUGAUACAAGCACAGUAAAUGGAGUUCAUGAAUACAGCCAAUCCAGUGUAAGACUUUAUUGA